AUGGGCUCGGAGAUGGAGCCGCUGCUCCUGGCCUGGAGCUAUUUUAGGCGCAGGAAGUUCCAGCUCUGCGCAGAUCUGUGCACGCAGAUGCUGGAGAAGUCCCCUUAUGACCAGGAACCAGAUCCUGAAUUGCCAGUGUCUCAGGCAGCUUGGAUUUUAAAGGCACGAGCACUAACCGAAAUGGUGUACGUAGAUGAAAUUGAUGUAGAUCAGGAAGGAAUUGCAGAAAUGAUGCUGGAUGAAAAUGCUAUUGCUCAAGUUCCACGCCCUGGCACAUCUUUGAAACUCCCUGGAACUAAUCAGACGGGAGGACCUAGUCCAGCUAUCAGGCCAGUCACUCAAGCUGGAAGACCCAUUACAGGUUUCCUUAGACCUGGCGCACAGAGCGGAAGGCCUGGCACCAUGGAGCAGGCCAUCAGAACUCCCAGAACUGCCUACACAGCUCGCCCUAUCACCAGCUCAUCUGGAAGAUUUGUCAGGCUGGGAACGGCUUCCAUGCUUACAAGUCCUGAUGGACCUUUUAUAAACUUAUCUAGACUGAAUUUAACAAAAUAUGCCCAGAAACCUAAAUUGGCAAAGGCUUUGUUUGAAUAUAUCUUUCAUCAUGAAAAUGAUGUUAAGACUAUUCAUCUUGAGGAUGUCGCUCUACAUCGUGGCAUUGAUAUAAUGGUGUUGAGGAAUAGGAACCACAUUGAAUCAAAGGCUUUGGACUUGGCUGCCCUUUCCACAGAGCACUCUCAGUACAAGGACUGGUGGUGGAAAGUGCAGAUUGGAAAAUGUUACUACAGGUUAGGAAUGUAUCGUGAAGCAGAAAAACAGUUUAAAUCAGCCCUGAAGCAGCAGGAAAUGGUAGAUACAUUUCUCUACUUGGCAAAAGUUUAUAUCUCAUUGGAUCAACCAGUGACAGCUUUAAAUCUUUUCAAACAAGGCUUAGAUAAGUUUCCAGGAGAAGUAACCCUACUUUGUGGAAUUGCCAGGAUCUAUGAGGAAAUGAACAAUAUUUCAUCAGCAGCGGAAUACUACAGAGAAGUUUUGAAACAGGACAAUACUCAUGUGGAAGCCAUUGCGUGCAUUGGAAGCAACCACUUUUAUUCUGAUCAGCCAGAAAUAGCUCUUCGGUUUUACAGGCGACUCCUGCAGAUGGGUGUUUAUAACUGUCAGCUCUUUAACAAUCUGGGGCUCUGCUGCUUCUAUGCCCAGCAGUAUGAUAUGACUCUGACCUCGUUCGAACGUGCCCUUGCUCUGGCUGAAAAUGAAGAAGAGGCAGCCGAUGUCUGGUACAACCUGGGCCACGUAGCUGUGGGCAUAGGGGAUAUCAACUUGGCCCAUCAGUGCUUUAGGCUCACUCUGGUCAACAACAACCACCACGCCGAGGCCUACAACAACCUGGCCGUGCUGGAGAUGCGGAAGGGCCACGUCGAGCAGGCAAGAGCACUGCUACAAACUGCAUCAUCUUUAGCACCCCAUAUGUAUGAGCCACAUUUUAAUUUUGCAACGGUCUCUGAUAAGAUUGGAGAUCUACAGAGAAGCUAUGUUGCUGCUCAGAAGUCGGAAGCAGCAUUUCCAGAUCAUGUGGAUACCCAACAUUUAAUUAAGCAGCUAAAGCAGCAUUUUGCUAUGCUCUGAUUGUCCCACAGACCAAGUAUAUCCUUAUGAGGGGGCAUUACACAAGGGAAAAAGU